UUUUUUGUCUUAUCCUCCUUACCCCAAUAGCUUGCAGUAAUCAUCUUUUCAUUCUUCCACUUUGUGCUGCAGCCGGCCGGUCGCGAUCCUUUGUGCUGCUCUUCUGGUCACUGCUUGAAGCUCCCUGCCCCGCAAUCCUAUUGCUGCUCAGCUUACCUAUAAACUGAUUCCCCUCACCCCUGAACUUGACCACCACAGUUCUACUAUCACCGACACCCUCAAGAGCAGUGGCCCUGUACAAGCGCACAAGCUCGUCAUGUUUGGCAUCAUUGCGGAUCUGUUAUCAUCGGUCAUUACGAUUUUAUUCCCCAUCUUUGCCUCGUACAAAGCCCUUCGCUCUUCCGACCCCUCCCAACUAGCACCAUGGCUGAUGUAUUGGGUGGUUCUGUCCGCCGUAUUGAUGGCUGAGUCCUGGACGGUCUUUAUUCUCGGGUGGAUUCCUUUCUACAGCUGGAUUCGCCUGUUCUUCUUCUCCUACCUUGUUCUUCCCCAGACGCAGGGUGCCAUCAUCCUGUACCAGGAACACGUCGACCCAUUCCUUGCCCACCAUGAGCGAGAGAUUGAAGAGUUCAUUGGUCGCAGCCAUGAGCGCGCCAAGGCUCUGGGGCUGCAAUAUUUCUACCAGGCCGUCGACUACAUCCGGAAGAACAUCCUCGGCUGGCCUGCUCAGCGUCCGGCAGCUCCUCCGCCGCCACCCCCCUCUGGACCUGCCGCCUACGCGCAGUCGCUGCUCUCGCGCUUCAACAUCCCAACGGCAUCUGCACCCGGAGCCCCGACUGCGCCCGCCGCCACCGGCCAGGACUGGUUCUCCACUAUUAGUUCCGCUGUGGCCGCCGUCACGUCGGCCGGCAAGAGCCCCGAAGUCCGUGGCGAGGAGCUGUCCGCCAGCGGCACCUUCCUGCCCCGGGAUAUCGCCUCCAUGUCUCGCGCCGAUAAGGCGCAGUACAUUUCCCACCAACGCGACCUGCUUGAAGUGCUGCGCAGCGCGCUGGCCAAGGAGGAGCGUGAACUGCACGGCAGCGAGACGGAGGCGGACGACCUAGCCUACGGCGGUGCCCCGUUGCACAAGAACGAGAGCGAGAACUCGUUCCACCACGUCGAGCACGAAGAUCUUCAUCGGAGUUCUCCGGAUCUGUCCAGCCGCACGGCCAGCGGUACUUGGGCUUCCGGGUGGUUUAACGGCGAAUCCAAUGAUAUGCGCAACCGUCAUCAUUAAGUUUCAGGUUUAAAAAGAGGGUGGUUCUCGUAUUCUUCCCUUCAUUUUUUUUUUCUUUUUUGCUUUCGAUUCUGGUGGCCUCACUAUCUUCCUCCCACGGUUUC